GCGGAGGUUCAAAGCUCUCCUAUUCGUCGUCACCUUCGUCUCUCGCUAUUCUCACCCCUUUUUUUUCCUUCAAAAAUCCCCGCUCCUUUCUGCUCUUCAAUAAAGUUUUGUACAGAGGGAGAGAAAGAAAGCGGCAGAAUCUACCGAAAUCAAUAAAUGGAACCGGAAGGAACCACCAUGAACCUCUUCGAUAACUCCACGAACAAAUCCUUCCCUCAUCAAGAACAAUCAAGAAGAACCCAUCUCACUGAUUCUUCAGCUUCAUCAGACACACGGGCAUCAGCCAAUACGUGCUUCGACUGCAGCAUAUGCUUAGACUCUGCAGUUGAUCCUGUGGUCACAUUCUGCGGUCACCUCUACUGCUGGCCUUGCAUCUACAAAUGGCUAAAAGUUGACACCACAGUCCCUCAACAAUGCCCUGUUUGCAAAUCCCCCGUCUCCGAAAACUCACUAGUCCCCCUCUAUGGCCGUGGCAGUAGCAACCUAACCCCUAAAAGUAAAACCCUCGACAUACCAAAAAGACCCGUUAUCUUAGGGGAUUUGUCUUCUGUCAAUAUGCAUCGACCAAUGGAAGGGCAUAAUCAUCAUCAUCAUCAUCAUCAUUACUAUCCUUCGCCAUGGAGCUCGACUGCAGGGGGAGUAUUGGGAGGCUUAGCUAUAGCGAUACUCCCUUUAUUUUCAAGGAAUAGUCAAGGAGGGGAGAUGUAUUUGUCAAGGCUGAGUAAUCUUGUAACUAGUGGGAAUAGUGUCAGUCAGAGAGAGAGGAGAGUGGAGGAUUCACUUCAUCAGAUUUGGGCAUUUCUCUUCUGUUGUGCUGUUUUCUGUUUGGUUUUCUUCUGAUGGCAGUUCGGUUAUACCUUGUAAAUAAAUUGCAUAGAUGAGUGUUAGUAAUGAGGUGUAUUGAGUGAAGGCUCUCAUAUCAGAAUGUCUAGUGGUACCAAAAAAUAUGUGCUUGUAUGUUAAAUAGUACCAUGAGUCAAAUGAAUUAAUUUUCAUUUCAUA